AUUACCCUGGUUUCCGUGAGCAGGUAACCGUGUUGGAACCCAGCGCAAUGCAGAGUGGAGCAGCUGGUAGGUCCGACCCUCUGGCAACUUUGACAGAAGAGCAGGUUCAGCAGCUAGAAGAUAAUUUCGCCCGAAUGAGACAGCCGGACGCCUCGUCGCUGAUGCUGAUCGCAGCCGAGUGUGGACUCACGGAGGAGUUAACAGCACAAUGGUUCAAGCAGCGCAUUGCAAAGUGGAGACAAUCAGAAGGCUUUCCUGCAGAAAGUGGAUCUGUCAAAGAUUAAAGAAAUCUGAAUAUGACCAGAAGCACCAGAUGGAAUCAUUCUACAGUGCAGCUAACUACUCCACCCUUCACCGCCUCCACUCAGCCCAAGGGUCUCCUGGAUUAGGGUGUGAGCAGAAUGCUGACUUAUGCUGUUUGGUAUAUUUGUGGAAUUUAAAUUCAUAUAUUGCCUAGUCUGAGACUCAUUCUCUUAGAAGUGCUCAUUUAUAAUGUACUAAUUAUAGCUUAUAAUGUUAUUGUUUAGCUAAAUAAGUUAACAGGGUUUAAGUGCAAUUACAUCAUAAUUGUGGAAACAUUAUAUAAUAUAAUUUGAAGUUGAGUACUGGAAGCUUUUCAUUGUCUAAAUAAAACGACCUUUGACCAGUCACAGGUUGCUGACACAACCUGCAACCAGCUUCUUGUGGGUAG